AUGACGUCCACCGCAAUCUACACGUGCUACCGGCAGCUGCACCCGCCGACAGGGGUCGACCACGCCGCCUUCGGCAGCGUCACCGCCGCCGGUUCCCGCGACUUGGUCGUCGCGAAGGCCUCCACCCUCGAAUUGUACCGCGUGCAUCGGGACGACCACAGCGCCACUGCCACAGCAGCAGCGGCAAGGGAAACGAGCAACGGCGAUGAGAGAGAUGACGACGAUGCAAGCGGCUACUACCUCGAGCUGGCGGGCACCUUUCCUCUGGCAGGAAACAUCACCGCCCUCGCCACCAUCCCCGUGCCAACGAGUGCUUCUGCCACCACGACGCAGCAACAACAACAGCAGCAGCAGCAGCAGCAGCAGGACAUCCUGGUAGUCUCCUUCGGCAUCGCAAAGAUGGCCCUCGUGGCGUACGACUCCGUCCUCGGCCGCCUGGAGACCAUCUCCAUCCACAACUUCGACGCAGGCGCGAUUGGCCCCGGCGCCGCCGGGGUCGAGUCCGGUUACGGCCUCGCCGCCGCCCUGAAGGACCGACCCAGGACCAUCUCCUCCAGCGACCCGGCCGGCCGCUGCCUGGCGGCGGUCGUGGCCGGCUGCCAGCUAGUCGUCCUCCCCGCCCGGCGGCACGUACCCGGCUCCGUCUUCGUGAGCGAGGAGGCCAGGCGGCGGCAGCGGCGGGUCGUACGGCUCCGCCGGCGCGCAGCGGUAGCGGCGCGAAGAAACAACGGAGCGGCGGCAGAGAGUGCUGGCGGUACGGUCGGUGGUGUUGGCGAUGGGAGCGACGACGACGACGACGACGACGACGACGACAGCGUGAGCGCGAGGGAGAGCGAUUCCGAGCGGGAGGAGGACGGGGGGCUGGGGAACGUGGCGAAUGCGAAGGGUGGCGGCGGCUCGGGGGGGAACUUGGCGGUGUCGAAGCCUUUUACAAUAGACCUAGAAGAGGCAGGCUUUACCGGGUUCAUCAAGGCUGCUGCCUUCCUCGAAGGGUUCCACGAGCCGGCGCUGGCGUUGCUGUACGAGCCGAUCCAGACGUGCGCGGGCCGGUUAGCGUCGAAGCGAUCGACUUGCAGGCUGGCCUUGCUAUCGAUCAACUUAACGCAGGGCCGGGCGCCGGUGAUAUGGCAGGUGGAGAACCUGCCCCACGACAGCUGGGACUUGGUACCAGUGCCCUCGCCGAUAGGGGGACUGCAGGUGAUUUCGACGAACGCCGUGAUGCACGUCAACCAGUCAGAGGUGCGGUCCAUACUCGCCGUGAACGGCUACGCGAGGGCCACAGUGGACCCGGCUCUACUCGAGUGUCCUCUGAGGGGAGGUGACAGCGACUGGGGAUGGACGUCUUUCCGACGCUCCCACCCCGAGAGAGAGGUGGUGGACCUCAGCUCGUACGACGUGUGCAUCGAGCUCGACGUCGUGCGUUGCGCCUUCCUGACGCCCACGUCGAUGCUGCUCUCCCUUCGCACCGGCGAGGUCUACGCCCUCCGCCUUCACCUGACUACCGGCAAAGCCACCCCCGCCGCUGGUGGGGGGAGCCGGCCCCCCGGAGGCGCGGCCUUCGGUACGCCUAACCGCGUCGUGGGGCAGUCCAUGCGCCCCGUCGGGAGGGCCUCGCCUUGCUCCGUUCUCGCGGUGGCGGCGAGCGGCGGCAGUGGCGGCGGCGGCGGGAGCAGCGCUUCGAAGGGUCUGGUGUUCAUGGGGUCUAGAGUGGGCGAUUCGCUCCUGGUGGAUUACUCCGUGGCCAGCGCGGGCACGCGGCCCGGUGGGAAGGGUGUACCGGUGCCGAAGCGCGAGCCGAAAGCAGAGGAGCAGGACGAGAAGGAGGAGGAGGACGAUGCUGACCAGACGGAGGGUGCGCCUGCCGCCCGUUCUUCUUCGACCACCGGCGAGAAAGCGGCGGCGGGAGGCGCCGCCGUAGGGGAACAGGGCGAGACGUCGUCGGGCGGCGCUGCGGCAGCGGCAUCAGCAGCCGGGGCCGGCGCCACCGUUAAGGAGGAGAUGACUGAGGGAAGGGGGGAAAGCCUGGCUGGGAUGCAGGUCGAUGCGAAUGUGGGUAGCGAGGACGGCAGCGCUGCCAAGUCCACGAGGAGUCCCGGCGGCGACGGCAAGAAGGUAACGGGCGAUGGCGAUGACGGUGGGCAGCCUUCCGCGACCACCGAGACAUCUGGCGACGGUGCCGAGGUUGCCGAGGGGUCCGGGGCGGUGACUUCCCCAUCGGUCCAGAACGGAAGCGAUGGCAGCCCUGACCCUCAAGCGGCAACGCCGACCACGCAGGAGGCGGCGGGGGCGCUAUCAUCAUCCCCGCAGCCCGGUGACGGGGAAGAAGCAGGAGAGGGGAAAGGCGCGGGGUCGAGGGGAGGCAGCGCGAAACGAGGUCGCGCGGAGCGGCCAUCCUCCGGCGGGGACGUCGGUGCGGGGGACAACGGCGGGCAGCCGGACAAUAAGAGGUGUAGAGUGUCCGCUUGUGGGGACGGCGAGGAUGGUGUCACCUCGUCGAGGGAGGCGGUCCCGGCCACAGAGGAAACUACGGCAACGGCAGCAGCAGCAGCAGCAGCAGACGGUGCUUCUGCUGCUACCGCCGUUGGAGGGGAGGAGAGUGCGGAAGCGCUAGGUAACGGGGUGGCAGCUCCGGCCGUAUCGUCGGAGAGCGAACGUCCUGCAGCGGCAGACGACGCGGUUGAUGCGACGCCGCCGCCGCCAACCACCGCUCCGGCUGUCCCGCUCAGCAAGGAAGAGCAGGAGAUGAUCGAGGAGGAGGAGCAGCUGUAUGGGGCGAGAAUAGGAGAUUCUGCUUCAGACGGGGCUGACGGUAGCGGCGGCGAGGCCGCUCUCGCCCGGCUGGGAUCCAAGGAUGGGGAGCGGGUCAUAGAAUCGGUUGGCUUCCGGUUGAAGGUGGUAGACUCCAUCUGUACGCUUGGCCCCAUCGUGGAUGCGGCCCUUGUGCCGUCCGCGUAUCACGUCCCCAAGACCACGAAACUCGCCGGUAGCGGCGGCGGUAGCCGUUCUCGUGGUGGUCAUGGAGGCAGAGGGUCGGGGCCAAACGGAGCGGCGACGGCGGCAGCGGCGGGCGGAGGUACAUCCGGGGGUGGUAUCCGUACGAGCUUGGUGUGUGCGGCCGGUUACGGGGGGCAAGGGUCGCUUGCGGUUUUCUCUGCUGGGCUUCGAACAGAGGUGGUCGUCGAGCUGUCCGUGCCGGGCGCGACGGGUGUCUACAGCUCGUCGGAAGGUGGCGGAGUUGGCGGGGGGGCCGUGGGGGGGAACAAGCGAGACACCCUCAUUCUGGUGUCCUGUUCUGCGUCGCCCCCGGCAGCAGCAAGAGCGGCGGCCGCUAGAGGCGACACCCGCCCGGGCCACACGCGGGUGCUCGCUUUCGAGGAGGAUGCUAAGGUGGUGGAGCUGCCGGAGGGGGACGGGAACCCGUUCGUGUGCGACGCGGCGACCGCGGAUGUGUGCUCGAUGGCGGGGGGUACGGUUGUUCAGGCACACAAGCAGGGCCUCCGGGUAACCCGCAAUCGAGAACCGGUACAAGACGUGCUCGCUUCCGAGGAUCCCGACCUAGGCGGGCUAGGGGCAGACGCCGGUGUCACUGUCUUGAGAGCCGCCGCAGCAGGGUCUCACGCCUGCUGUCUCUUGUCCAAUCUCCGGCUUCAUCUCAUGGCCCUCGACGAUGGGGACCUGAUGCCCGUUGGCUCUGUAGAGGAAGCGGGGGAGGAGGGGGAAGGUGGCUGUGGUAUUUGGGAGGAGGUCGAGGCUGUCUGCAUGUUUGGGGUUCAGGAACCAAUGGCAGGCCCCCCUUCGAGAGCAGUUGCGCCGGCUUCCGCCGCGGCAAGUAGCAGCGAAGUCAACGGCAGCAGCAGUAGCGGGGGCACCAGCCGCGUCGGACUGUUCUUGGAGAGAACGAGAGACGAGUCACGCGAGGAGGAAGAGGAGGAGGAGGAGGAGGAGGAGGAGGAGGAAGACCUAGGGGCCGGCGUCCUUGACGACGAAGGCGAGGACGACUACGACGACGACGGUGGCAAGGGCGGCGGGUACGACUCCGAGGAGGAGGAAUGGGCCGCUCUCUACAGUGCGGAGCCCGGUAGGGGUAUCCUUAACCCCUGCGCCAACGGCGGCGGCGGCGGCGGCGGCGGCGGCCAGAUCUCCGGCGCCACUGCUGCUGCUUCCGGUUCGUCGAAUGGUAUGCCCGCUGCCGGGGGGGGCGCAAGUGGGCGGGAAGUGGGUUCGGUCGGGGAACAGUCUCCGGAACGGUGCGAGGAGGAGGACCUCCCGGCGCAGAAGGGUUGGUGGGGGGGUUCCUCGUGGGGAGAGGCGGGUGGUUCUCGUUCGGAACCAGCUGCCCCCGGUCACGACGGCGAAGAAGCUGGUUCUUCGAACGGCGAAGCGCGCGACGAGCACGUAAGUGCGUAUAUGGUCGUGUGUCGGAGGGGGGGCACCGUGGAGAUAUUCUCGUGCGAGGGGGAGGGUGCGGACGAGACCAGGGCGCGCCCGGUGUUCCGAGCGACAGGCGCUGCGCUCGCGCCGCCCACGUUGUGGAACGAGCUGCUGUUGCCCCCAGCGGUUGCGGCAGCGGCGGCAGCAUCGGAUGAUGAUGAGGAGGAGGAAGGGUCGUCUUUGGCCAACGGCGGUGGACGGAGGUCCGACGGGGACCGUUCUCCGAUGAAUGACGAUGUUGAGGAGGAGGAAGCGGCGGGUGGUCUAGCGGUGGCCACUGGCAUUAUCCUGGCCAACGGCCGGAGAGGCGCGGCGGGGAGAGGGAGUGGGAAGAAAGUCGAUGGCGAAGCUAACGGCGAUGGCGCGGCGGCGCCGCCGUCCGACCCCAUGGAGGUAGACGACGGUGCUACUGCGCCCGACUCUGCCGCCGCCGCUAGUGCCUCCGGCGAGGCACCGGCGGCCCCUGACGGGACUGUCGAAAAGGCCAGGGCGGAUGCCGGCGGCGCGGAGACGGCGGCGGCGGCGGAGGAAGAAGAUGGCGUUGUGUGCCCGACCGUGACGGACGUUAUCGUACACCCCGUCGGUGCCGUCGGCGGCCCUCCCGAGCUGCGGCGGCUGGUGCUCGCGAUGCACCUGGAUAACGGGAGCCUGCUCGUGUACGAGGCCCGGAUGGUGGUUUCGGCCUUGGCUGCGUUUGGGGGCCGUGAGCAGGUUGUCUGCUUCUCGAAGCUCUGCCACGACCUCAUCACCCGCCCCGUCAAGGGAGUUCCGCCGGAGGCGGCGCUGUUCGACCCGGGGAGGGGGCGCGCCCUGAGGGGCGUUAGAGCUGCGGCUGGUCAGGAGGGGGUCUGCUUUGCUCGACCGGGCUGCCGGUCUGCCUUGAUUCUCGCCGAAAGAGGGGCGGUGUGCGUGUCCGCCAUUGCCCAGGACGACCUCGGAGACGGCUCCGGUGCCCCCCCUCUCCCCCCCGGUGCCCCUCCCUCUUGGGCGGGAAUAGGCCUCGGCUCUCUCGCCCCGCUCUACAACCCGGACGCUUUCCCGGGAGGGGGGGGUGGCGGAUUCGCCGGGGUCACGGCGGGCGGCGGGCGGAUUCGUUUCAUCUCGGCGGCCCCGGCGGCGUCGCAGCUUGUAAAUCCGGGGACGAGCGGGGGGGGAGGUCUCGGCGGCGGGGGGCAGGGGCACUUCGUUGCUGAGAAGGUCAGGCUCGGGGCGACGGUGCACGGCCUGGUGCACCUCCCGCAUGAUCUGGCUCACGCGGGCAAGACCGGGGACAUCCUGAAGCAGCUCUUGAGGGCGAGGGGCCACUACGUGGCGCUUGUCUCGACUAUGGAGGAUGCCCUUGUGGCACAGCCUAAGUCGGGACUCAAGGAAGGAGAGGAAGGGGAGCAGGGGGACGGGGAUGAUGACGAGGAGGAAGAGGCGGCGGGAUUGCUGGACCGGCAUACCGUCAAGCACAAGAACUGGACGGUGGCUGACCCCAGCCUAGGUGGCGCGCCCCCGCUCCUUGUCCCGAGAUUCGAGCUGCGCGUGCUAGCUCUAGCGCCCGGAGCGGCAUCAGCAGGAGCAGCAGCGACGUCUUCAUCAUCGGCAGCAAGAAGCCCUUCCUCUGCUAACGACAAGAGUGGCGGUGGUGGCGAAGCCCCCGAAGAGGGGGAGGGGGAACGGAGCGGGGGAAGGGGACAGGAUGGAAGCGUCCCCGGUAGUGAGGCGGAGGCGUUAAUGUUGUCGGCGGCGGUGGUGGAGUCUCACCCGAUGGACUCGGACGAGAACGGGGUUUGCAUGACCCUGGUGAGGCUGGAGCAAGGGGGGGCUCCGCGGAUGUACGUGGCGGUGGGGACGGGAAUGAACGAGCCGCAGGGGGAGGACAAGGCGCACAACAAGGCGAGAGGGAGACUUCUCCUGUUUGAGGUGGACUACGCCUACCUGGCGAGGGAGGACGGUAAGCACGAGCAUGCCGUCAAGCUGCGCCAGGUCUUCGCAAAGGAGCAGCUCGGGCCCGUGUCGGGGGAGGUGAGUUAA